AUUUAAUAAUUAAACCAUCUGAUGAGUGUAAAUUUUAGCGAAAACUAAAAAAUAAUUUCAAUUAGGACUUAUUCUUGAAUAAUGUUUGCAUCAUUUAUCGACACCAAGGGGCUUGGCAAUACUUUGCAUCUUGUUCACACACGAGGGAUAUUUUUAUCAAAGAAUUUAAAAAACAACAAACUUUCAUUAUUUACGAUUAAUUAUCUAAAUGCCUAAAAAAAGAGAAGAAAAUCUUGCAAAUAAGUUUACGCUUUUUAUAAGAUUGUCAAGAAGAAUUCCUAAUGUAAUAAACAUAAAUGAUGCAGUACGUGAAAUGUAUCCAUCUGUUGCUAAUGUACGAAAACCAAGACAAAAAUCAGCACGUUGGUUUUUGGUAGAUUUUGAAACAAAUGAACAAGCUGAAGAAUACAAGAAAAUUCUUUUGGAAAAGAAGGAGAUAGCAAAGAUAAAAGUCAAAAUUAACAAGUUGACCAUAAGAGAAAACAAUUCACUAUCAAAAUCAGACAAUGAACGACAGCAAUUUGUCAAUAAUCUGACAAAACAAACUUUCCAAAUAAAGUGUCUUGAAAAGUAUAGCAACAAACUUCUGGUCAGCGAACUUCCGGAAAAUGUAACAAAAGCCGAUAUUGCUGAGCUAUUUCCUCACCAUACCAAUCUUGAUUUAAAGCAUUCUCCAAAACUACGUGCGAUUAUUACUUAUUCGUCAUCAAAAGAAGCAAUGGCUGCAAGAAUGAAUGUCAGACCGAUUAUUGAUGGAAAAAAAAUUCGAGUGAUUCUUCUGCUUUUACAAAAUGAUUCAGAAAGAAAAAGAAAAGAUUCAGAUAUCUCAGUUGAUCUUGAGAGCCCUGAAAAAUUGAAAAAAUCUUCUGACAAUAAGAGAAAAAAAUCACUAAGAUAUUUCGAAUAAAUGUAAAACAUCAAAUAAAAGAUUUAAUUUUUUUCAUUUGGAAUUUGGAGAGAUAACUCGUUUUCUAUGAUAUCUUUCAUUGUGUAACUCUUUAGUUUCUAGACAAAAACUGCAAAAUUGUGAAGUGAGUGCGUGAAGUGGACUUCUGUAAUAUAUUUUAGGAUUCGCAUUUCUUGUGUUUUUGCUGUGGCUCCAAACAUGUAGAAUUAUUUCUGUGAUCAUUAUGAUGAUUGCAGCAACUUUCGGAAAGAUGAAAAGUGAUGGAAUGAGAAACAGUCGAUGACUGGUUUUGUUGUAAC